AUGGAUAUAGUUAAUGAGAUUUUAGAAAGGGAACAAAAGAAAGCUGAAAAAUAUAAACCAAUUACUGUAGAAAAACAUUUAGAAGUAGAAUUAGAUAUUGGAACACUUCUUGCUUCAGACACUAAUGACUUGGAUUUAAAAACAUUACAGUCUGAUAAGGAAAGAGAUAAUUAUCUUCAAGCAUUAUCUCGGGAUAAUACGCAGUUGUUGUUAAACAAAGUUUGGGAGUUACCAACAGAGAGAAUUGAUGAGGCGAUAGUUGUUAAGUUGCCUGCACCCAAAACUAUAUUGCCUCGAUCCAAGCCAGUGCCCAAACCUAAGCCUUUGACUAAAUGGCAGGAGUUUGCUAAGUCUAAGGGCAUUACUAAAAAGAAGAAGGAUAAACUGCAAUGGGAUGAACAGUUACAAAAAUGGGUGCCAUUGUUUGGGUUUAAGAAAGCUGCAGCUGAGAAAGAAAAGAAUUGGCUAAUAGAAGUUCCUCAGCAUGUUGAUCCAAUGACAGAUAUGUAUGAAAAGAAGGCUGGUGAAAAAUCUGAGAAAGUGGCCAAGAAUGAACUGCAAAGAUUGAAAAACAUAGCCAGGGCAAGAAAAGUAAAUAUACCAAGAGUUGGAUUGCCAGUCACUUCUGAUAAAGCUAAUGCAACACAGCUUGCAACCGCUGCUGUAGUAGCAAAGGCUUCAACAGCGUCUCUCGGUAAAUUCCAAGAUAAAUUGCCUAAGGAGAAAGAAGCCCGUGGCAAAGGGAUUCAUGAAUUGAUUCCAGGCAAAGAAAGGAAACGGAAGGCGCCAAUACCAACACCUCAGGCAGAAAAAGAAAAUAAUUUGAACCUUCUAGACAAAAUAUUGAAUAAGAGACCCAAAAUCGAUAUAGAGAAGGCAGUGGCAAAACGCAUACAUGAUGAACAAGUUCAGAGGUCAGAAGAGAAGAAAACUAUGAAACCGGGUAAAGGAAAACGCAAGAGCAAGGGUGGUAACACUACGAAUUUCACAGCUAAGAAACCUAAAGGUGGUAAGGGCCAGAGGAAUCCUAAUAAAAAGACUCCUGGAAGAAAGAGGAGAUAA